AUGGCCUUGGGAUGUAUGCUAGCUCAGCCUGAUGACUCAAGGAAGGAGCGAGCUAUUUACUAUCUGAGUAAGAGGAUGCUGGAGCAUGAGAUGAGAUACGUUAUGAUUGAGCACCUUUACUUAGCACUAGUUUGGGUUACCAAGAGAUUGAGGCAUUACAUGACAGAGUAUGCAGUGCACUUGAUAUCCCGCCUAGAUCUGUUGAGAUACUUAUUUGACAGACCUGCAUUGACUGGUAGAUUGAUGAGAUGGCUCAUACUUUUGACAGAGUUCGAUAUUCACUAUGUUUUUCAAAAGUCCAUUAAGGAAAGUAUUGUCGCCGAUCACUUAGCCUCACUACCGACAUCUAAGGAUAGACCAAUUGAUGAUGAUUUUCCAGAUGAGGAGUUUGUUGCUAUAAGUAACUUAUUAGAAUGGUGCAUGUACUUCGAUGGUGCAACCAAUCAGUUAGGGUAUGUGAUAGGUGUUAUGUUGGUAUCCUCUCAAGGUGAUCAUAUUCCAAGGUCCAUUCGUUUGGCGUUCUCUGAUCGAUAUCCUACCAUGAAUAAUAUAGUUGAGUAUGAGGCUUGUAUCCUUGGUCUAGAGACUACAUUGGACCUUAGCAUUAGACUGAUUGAGGUGUUUGGGGACUCCUCAAACAGAUUCAGGGAGAUUGAAAGACUAAGGACGUAA